UCCCGGCAUAUGGCAACUUGUCGGGAUAUAGUGUAAAAGGAAAACUUGCAUGCCCUAUAUGUGAAGAUGAUACAAUUUCAAUGCGAUUAGAUCAUUGUAAAAAGAAUGUUUUCCUCGGACAUCGUAGAUUCUUGCGAUCAACACAUCGUUAUCGGGGGUGGACAAAAGCUUUCAAUGGUAAUAAAGAAGAAGGUAGAGCUAGAAAGCCAUUGAAGGGUAGUGAUCUGAUUGCCAAGGUGAAAAACGUGAAGUGUAAAUUUGGCAAGACAUUCAAAAAACAACUUCCUAAAUGUGGUUGGAAGAAAAAGUCAAUUUUCUUUGAGUUGCCAUAUUGGGAGUCACUUCAUGUGAGACAUUUUCUUGAUGUGAUGCAAGGCAGAGGAGAAUGACAAAGACAAGGCGGAAGAGAAGGACAAAAAUCAGGUGAAACCAUUGAUUGUGAAAGAGAAGGUGAUGGAAACAAGAUGCACAAGGGAAUCUGUUGCAUCGCCAAAUCAACACAGGUCUCACAUUGGGAUAAGUGCCAAUCAACUUAACAGUUGUACUUUUCUCAACAUAUAUUCAGAAAAGGUUCUUAUUCAAGGGAAACAAAUUAAAAUACCAAUAGAUCAAAAAAUAUUCCAUGAUGUUUAUAUGAAGUUUGAGCAUAUUGGUCGUGAGGAAGUCCGUGAAAUCACUGGGCAUGGUGAAUUAAGUGCUUCAGCCGUUUGUGUUUAUAUGAGGUUCUUAUUUGAUCACUGUGUGGCUGAAAACUUGAGUGAGAAAUUUGCCUUUUUGAGUCCUCAUCGAACGGCACAUGGGCUGACCAAUCAAAGCCAAUAUAUUUCGGAUGCAAUUAUGGCAAAUGCACACCCAAACCAAUUAUAUCUUGCACCGGUCAAUAGAGGGGCACAUUGGGUGUUGGUUGUGAUCAAUGCCACUACAGGGACCUUAUUUUACUUGGAUCCUAUACAUGGUAGUUUGAAUCAACGCAAAGUCAUGAAAUAG